AUGUCUGUCAUCUUAGCUUCGGCAGGGUACGACCAUACAAUACGAUUCUGGGACGCUUUGACGGGGGUCUGUUCUCGGACAAUUGCUCAUGCAGAUUCGCAAGUCAACCGAUUGGAGAUAACAUCGGAUAAACGAUACCUUGCUGCCGCAGGAAACUUGUAUGUGCGGCUCUACGAUAUAAGACAGAAUGGCUCAGCCGGUAAUGGGUCGGUCUCGAACGGUGCUGCAGCGGUGGGGUCCUCAUCCAACAACAGCAAUUCGAAUAACAACAAUAACCCUGUGAUGACUUUUGAAGGCCACACGACAAACGUCACCUCUCUAGCGUUCCAAGCAGAGAAUAAAUGGAUGGUCACUUCGAGUGAGGAUGGCACGGUUAAAGUAUGGGAUGUGAGAUCGCCUUCUGUGCAGAGAAACUUUAAGCACAACUGCCCCGUGAACGAAGUAGUCAUUCACCCAAAUCAAGGCGAAUUGAUCAGCUGCGACCAAGAUGGCAAUAUCCGGGUGUGGGACUUGGGGGAGAAUCAGUGCACUCACCACUUGAUCCCCGAGGACGAUGUCCCUAUCAACUCGUUGAGUGUCGCUAGCGACGGAUCGAUGCUCGUGGCGGGAAACAACCUCGGCAACUGCUAUGUGUGGCACAUGCAAAACGACAAAGAUUUAACGUCAUUGACACCCGUCACCAAAUUCCGAUCGCAUCUGAAAUAUAUCACGAGGGUCUUGUUGAGCACCGACAUGAAGCAUUUGGCUACUUGCUCUGCUGACCACACGGCAAGAAUAUGGUCAACUGAACAGAAUUUCGCUUUGGAAACUACGCUUCAAGGCCACCAGCGGUGGGUUUGGGAUUGCGCGUUUAGUGCCGAUAGUGCUUACUUAGUCACUGCGUGUUCUGACCAUUAUGUCAGACUAUGGGAUUUGUCAAAUAGCGAGACGGUGAGACAAUAUAAUGGACAUCACAAGGGAGCUGUAUGCGUUGCAUUAAACGAUGUUUAA